AACAUUUCAGCGCUUAAGAGUGGAGGAAGAAGACGAUGGAAGGUGGAACACACGAAUCCCCAUCCAAACUACACUCGAAUAUCAACUAUUAGCACUUUCUUAAAGGAACGAGAAGAGGCCAGUGAGGGGUGGACCUUGCUGUCGCGGCUAACAAGCUCCUUUCCAAGUGCUGCUAGCGCUUAGAUUCCUCUCUGCUUGGGAGUAGAGGGCAUGCUGCACCAGAGGGGUGUUCUCAAACAAACUAUCUGACCCUGGGGGUUAACUAAAAUCAGGCUCUGUGAGGCUCGCUGGGGAAGGGAGGGGACAGCAGUUAGCAUAAGGCUACUGUGGGGCUGCUGCACUGGUAGCACACAGCAGCAGCAGGGUAGAGGAUAGAGGGAAGAGGAGAUGGCCACAGGAGAAAUCACCACUCUACCCGCCACACCUGAAGAUGGAGGCAGUGGCGGCUUCCUUCCAGGAAACUUUAAGGAGCCCAAGAGGUUGUACUGUAAAAAUGGAGGCUACUUCUUGAGGAUAAACUCUAACGGAAGCGUGGACGGGAUCAGAGAUAAGAACGACCCCCACAAUAAGCUUCAACUCCAGGCGACCUCAGUGGGGGAAGUAGUAAUCAAAGGGGUCUCAGCCAACCGCUAUCUGGCCAUGAAUGCAGAUGGAAGACUGUUUGGAGCGAGACGGACAACAGAUGAAUGCUACUUCAUGGAGAGGCUGGAGAGUAACAACUACAACACCUACCGCUCUCGAAAGUACCCUGAAAUGUAUGUGGCACUGAAAAGGACUGGCCAGUACAAGUCAGGAUCCAAAACUGGACCCGGCCAAAAAGCCAUUCUCUUUCUCCCCAUGUCGGCCAGACGCUGAGCUCAUCUUGUCGUACCAAUCUUAAAGUCAGCCUGGCUGCA